GUUAUAUCUAUCUUUCGUGAACCCCACUUCGGCCACUUCCUUUAAUUCAUUAUUUGUUUUAUUAAGAAGAUACUAUUUACGAUGAUGACAAGGUAGUUGAAAUGUCUCCAUAAUUUGUAUUAAAUUUCACGGUUCUAGCUCAUUAUUGUGGUUUAUAUAACAUAAUGGCAAGAAGAAAAGAAAGAAAAAUGUCAACGUUAGUAUCGUAGGUUAGCUUUGCUCUCUUAUGCAGUGAUCAAUUAUUCACAUAAAUGUUUUGUCAAAUAUUUAAGUGGACUUCAUGAAUUAAAUUAGUGAAGUGAGCAUUGCUCAAAGUUGUAUAUAUUAAGCCAUGAGCUUUCCUCAUGACUCAUAAUAUCUCAGUAAAACAAAAUAACAUACAAAUGGAUAGCAUUUGGAUUCUAUCACUUCUCUUCUUCAUCAUCUUUCUUCUUCUGGCCGCCUUCAAACGCAAAAAUCAUGGGAAACAUCGACGAAUACCAUCUCCUCCUGGUUUUCCAAUCAUCGGAAACUUACAUCAGCUCGGAGAAUUACAACAUCAGUCUCUAUGGAAGCUCUCAAAGAAGUAUGGCCCUGUGAUGCUUUUGAAGCUUGGAAAAGUCCCCACACUCAUACUUUCUUCAUCAGAAACAGCAAAACAAGCUCUAAGAGACUAUGAUCUCCAUUGUUGUAGCCGUCCUUCCUUAGCAGGAGGAAGAGAGCUCUCUUACAACAAUCUAGAUAUGUCUUCAUCUCCUUAUAAUGAAUAUUGGAAGGAACUAAGGAAGCUCUGCAGUCAAGAACUCUUUAGUGCUAAUAAAAUUCAAUCGAUUCAACCUAUUAAGGACGAGGAGGUCAAGAAAGUUAUCGAUUCAAUCGCGGAAUCAUCUUCUCUAAAGAAUCCGGUUAACUUGAGCAAGACGUUUCUUGCUUUAACUACAAGUGUAGUAUGCAAGGCAGCAUUUGGUGUGAGUUUUGAGGGAAGUGUGCUCAACAGUGAUAGAUUCAAUAAGUUAGUCCGAGAUACUUUCGAGAUGUUGGGAAGCUUCUCUGCCUCAGAUUUUAUUCCGUAUGUCGGAUGGAUCAUCGAUAAGUUCAAUGGUUUACAAGGGUGGAGAAAGAAAAGCUUUCGAGAUCUUGAUGCGUUCUAUGAACAAAUUUUUGAUCUGCAUAAGGAAGAGAAGGAAGUAGGAAGUGAAGAUUUAGUGGAUGUGCUCUUGAGGUUGGAGAAAGAAGAAAUUGUUGUUGGAAAUGGCAAGCUCACAAGAAAUCAUAUCAAAGCAAUUUUGAUGAACAUUCUUUUAGGAGGAAUCGAUACUUCUGCAAUAACAAUGACAUGGGCAAUGGCAGAACUUGCUAAAAACCCUAGAGUGAUGAAGAAAGUUCAAGCAGAAAUCAGAAACCAAAUCAAGAACAAAGAAAGAAUCAGCUUUGAUGACACUGAUAAGCUCGAGUACUUGAAAAUGGUGAUCAAAGAAACAUGGAGGUUACAUCCUCCAACACCUCUUCUCCUCCCAAGAGAUGUAAUCACUGAAUUUGAGAUCAAUGGCUACACGAUUCCUGCCAAAACACGGCUUCAUGUGAAUGUUUGGGCUAUCGGGCGUGAUCCUGAUACAUGGAAAGAUCCAGAAAUGUUUCUCCCCGAAAGGUUUAAUGAUAGUAACAUUGAUGCAAAAGGACAGAACUUUGAGUUGUUGUCGUUUGGGAGUGGUAGGAGAAUUUGUCCUGGACUGUACAUGGGAACAACAAUGGUGGAGUUUGGCCUAGCUAAUAUGUUGUAUCAUUUUGAUUGGAAGUUACCAGAAGGCAUGGUAGUCGAAGAUAUCGAUAUGGAAGAAGCUCCUGGACUUACUGUGAGCAAAAAAAGUGAGCUUGUACUUGUUCCAGUGAAGUAUUUAGACCAUUGAUUCACGUGAAUUAGUUCUUCAUCGAUUGUACUAUGAAUAAGAACGAAAUGAUAAUGAUAAUUUUCAAUGUAAUAUUUUUUUUCUGUUUUGUUUUUGCCUUUCAUACUUUUGUUUUGUUUAAUAAUGUAACUUACAUGAAGCCUCCUCCAUUAGCAGCAUACG